AAAUACAAAUCAGCAGACAAGUCAAAUCGCACAAAAAGGCGCUCCGGGAAUAAUGAACGCUUGAACUAUGGAUGCAUUUAAUUAGCAUUUUAAUCGAAGUUUUGACUCUUUCGGGUCUGCUUAGGGUAGGUUGUUGCUACUGGCAUAGCCAAGCACCCGCAAAGUAACAUCUAAGUAGCGACAUUAGAACAUCUUUCUGACGACCCCUCUGUACUUCAUGUUGAUGUAAGGUCUGCGAGACAAGUAUUUGCAUUGAAUCUACUGUAAGCCUAGCAAGAGCAUUUCAACAUGCCUAACGGAGGUCGCGGCGACGGUGGGCCUCCUUGCCACACUCAGAUGAAAAAGGGUCUCAAAUGUAUCUGCCAAAUUUGUAUGUGCGGUCGCCAUUCCUGUCCCUAUCACCAGAAAGAAUGGCAGAUGACUCCAUCCGAGAAGCAGUCCACAGAAUACAAGGAGAAAUUCUAUCCGAAGGGUGACGGUCGCCAGCCAUCUUGCAAGCCAGCAAAAAGUGCCGACCCAGUCAAGGAGCCCAUGGAGGACCUAACGAUUCAGAGACAGGACUUCACAGGGCGCACUGCGCCGCGACCACCCGCAUUCAAGCCCGACUUGGACUACCGCGGUCCGUGCCAGCCGCUGGAGGCCGAGACCACUUACGUCGUCGACUUCCCGCCGCGUGCCGGCAGCAAGCGCUCACCAAUCAAACCGCAGGGCAGGGUCACCGACCACCGCGCGCCGCUCUGCGACAAGACGCAGAAUCGCGUCUCGUUCCGGCCGUACGCGCCCGGCGAGGCGGCAGAGGCCAAGCCGGCGGCGUGCCGGCCGCGCCAGGGUCUGCACGGCGUGGAGCAGCCGCUCAGCGCCGACACCACCAACCGCACCGACUACUGCCGAAAGCCCAUCUGCGUGAACCGCGUGCGCGCGCCGCACGACACGCACAAGUCGGACCAGCCGCUGGACGACCGCACCAUGUACCGGCACGACUACCCGGCCAAGCAGCCGCCGUGCAUGGAGACGGUGCGCCUGCCGCCCUGGCAGCCGCCAACCGUACCCAUGGACGGACAGACCACGCAGCGCACUCACUACACGCCAAAGUGCCCGGACGUCAACGCCAGCUUCAAGCCCAACCGGCAGUACGAGCAGCCGUGCCAGCCCAUGGACGACCGCACCACGCAGAAGGAGUCGUUCCAGGUGUACGGGCCGCGGCCCAGGGAGGAGUACCCCUGGAUGAAGAAGAAGCCGUACGACGGCCCGUGCGCGCCGCUCAACUCGGACACCAUAUACCGCGGCGACUUCGGGCCCAAGGCGGGCCGGCGGCCGCCGGCGGCGCGGCCGCCCGCCGGACCCGUCCAGGAGCGCUCGCCGCUGCUCGACGCCACCACCUACCGCAAGGACUUUGUGCCGCGCCAGCGCGACGUGGCCGUCUCGUGCAAGCCGGACCGCGAGUACGCACCGCCGGAGCGGCCGCUGGACACGGACACCACGUACAAGGGCGACUUCGUGGGCUGCCCGGGCCGCCGGCCGACCGCCUUCGUGCCCCGCUCCGGCCAGCAGUCCGGCUCGCCCAUGGACCUGCGCACCGUGCACAAGAGCACGUUCGUGCCGCUGCGCUGCCCGGCCGAGGGCCUCCGCUCGCGCCAGAACCCCUGCUACCAGUUCGUCGACUGCAAGAGCGAGCACGAGCUGUUCGAGCCCAAAAGCGACCCGAUGUGUGACACACUUCAGUCGGGCUUCCAGCCGCAGCUGACCUGAGGCCGGCGACGGCCGACCCGGGGCAGCGGUGACGGCGUCAGUGCAGGGACCGGGCCGAGGGAGGUACACGGAGAUAUCGACCACGAACGGAGCCCAGCCCGGCCACUGGCCGGCAGUGUGACCGAACGCUAAAUUGGUGUUGUGUCUUAUGUUCAAGUGAAAUCGUUAGUAGAGCGUGCGACUUGUCAUUAUGAUAAAUGCGUUACCGACCAGGCCCCAGGCCUCUGGUCAGUUACCCGCCUGUCCACGCCGUAGCCAGCGUCAAAUGCCAGUCUGUUGUAUGCCCAAAAUAAAUUUAUCGUCCACA